GGUCAGGGGGCGGAGUCUCGAGGUCGGCCGGCAACAUGGCGGAGGCGGAAGGGGAAAGCCUGGAGUCCUGGCUGAAUAAAGCCACCAACCCUCUGAAUAGACAAGAAGACUGGGAAUACAUUAUUGGCUUCUGUGAUCAGAUCAACAAAGAACUUGAAGGUCCACAGAUAGCUGUGAGGUUGCUGGCUCAUAAAAUCCAGUCACCACAGGAAUGGGAAGCAAUCCAAGCUUUGACUGUGCUGGAAGCUUGUAUGAAGAACUGUGGGCGAAGAUUUCAUAACGAAGUAGGGAAGUUUCGAUUUUUAAAUGAAUUGAUUAAAGUUGUGUCUCCGAAGUACCUUGGUGAUAGAGUGUCAGAGAAGGUCAAAACCAAAAUAAUUGAGCUGCUGUAUAGUUGGACGGUAGCCCUGCCGGAGGAGUCGAAAAUCAAAGACGCUUACUACAUGUUGAAGAGACAAGGCAUUGUCCUGUCAGACCCUGUAAUUCCCGUGGAGAGAACGCUCAUCCCCUCUCCUCCACCUCGCCCCAAAAAUCCUGUAUUUGAUGAUGAUGAGAAAUCCAAGCUUUUAGCAAAACUGUUAAAAAGUAAAAAUCCGGAUGACUUACAAGAAGCAAACAAGCUUAUUAAGUCUAUGGUGAAAGAGGACGAGGCACGAAUACAGAAAGUAACAAAACGCAUGCACAUCUUGGAGGAGGUGAACAACAAUGUGAAACUGCUGAAUGAGAUGUUGAUUCACUAUAGUAAAGAGGACUCUUCAGAGGCUGAUAAGGAGCUCAUGAAGGAGCUCUUUGACAGAUGCGAAACAAAGAGGCGGACAUUAUUCAAACUGGCCAGCGAGACGGAAGAUAAUGACAGCUAUUUAGGAGAUAUACUGCAAGCUAGUGACAAUCUAUCACGGGUAAUAAAUUCCUACAAAAGAAUUAUUGAGGGGCAAGUCAUCAAUGGUGAAGUGGAUGCUUCUGUGUUUCCUAGGACAGAUGGAAGUGAUUCUGCCAAUAACAUCAACACGCUCAUUGACCUGGCAGGACUGGAUAUUUCUAGUACGCCGCCUCCACCUCCACCACCAAUGCCUCCAGUGACACUGACGCCAGCCCCAACACUGACUCCAGCACCAGCCUCGUCAUCAGAAAUCCCCAUCCUUCCACCUCCUCCUCACAUGACUGGUCAUUCUCGGAGUCGUUCAUCCAGCCAGGCUGAAGCCUCUGCUGCUCAGUUGGCCAGCAUGGGCAACUCACUCUCUUUGCUGGAUGAGGAACUUCUCUGCUUAGGCUUGACUGAUCCAGCUCCCACUGCAGCAAAGGAAUCAGCUGAGAGCAAUCACUGGAACAUGUUCCAGAACGAACCAAUAGACUUGGACUUCUUGAAUCCAAAGCCAGUUUCUGUUGCCUGCAACUCUGCAGUGAACCCUCUUCUUCCUGCUGCGUGUGGAACAUCAGCGCCUAUGGCUUCCACGUUCACAGCCCCUCAGUCUAUUCCCAAUAUCCCUGUCCCUACAUCUGCAGCCCCUUUUAUGUUUUCUUCUGGACCACCGCUGGGCCCGCCUAGCACCAUGCCAGUUGCCCCCGGGUAUCGGAGCUCUGCAGUGGGAAGCAAUGGUCUACACAAGAUGGAUCCAAUGGGACAUCUCCUGGAUGAGACCAAAGGGCCUUCAUCUCAAGUAAACACGGCAGCUUCCAUGUUCUAUGUAGACGCUGCAUUACCCCCGGCGACAGCUUCACCUCCAACAUCUUCUGCAGGAUUACCACUCACUACUCCAGGAGUUCCUACAGUUCCUUAUCCAAGUAGCUGCACUACAGGAAGUCCCCUCUUCCAGCCAGCCUUAUUCCAGCAAGGAAGUCCUCUGAAAGGACCGGAGAUUUCUUUGGCCAACGUCCACGUCCCACUGGAGUCCAUUAAGCCGAGCAGUGCUCUUCCUGUGACUGCUUAUGACAGAAAUGGCUUGCGUAUCCUUCUGCACUUUGCCAAGGAGUGUCCACAUGGUCGGCCUGAUGUGCUGAUAGUGGUGGUGUCCAUGUUAAAUACAGCUCCCCUUCCUAUCAAAAACAUUGUGCUACAAGCUGCAGUGCCAAAGUCCAUGAAAGUGAAGUUGCAGCCACCUUCGGGGACAGAGCUAGCUCCAUUCAAUCCCAUCCAGGCACCUGCUGCUAUUACCCAGGUCAUGUUGCUUGCAAAUCCUAGAAAGGAGAAAGUGAGGCUGAGAUACCGGCUGACCUUUGUUUUGGGAGACCAGCCCAGCACAGAAGUGGGGGAAGUAGAUCAAUUCCCCCCAGUUGAGCAAUGGGGGAACCUAUGACCUAAAUGCAUCCCGAAGGGACUGGACUCAAGGUGAAGAGGAAGGGGUAUGUGAGGUACCCAGUGAUGAUAUUUAACUUUGUUCAUGUCUUAUCCACUCCACCUGUAGCUUUAGUCCAGAAUGUUUUCUGCACUCUGGGGUGAAGUGGUCUGGGGCAUGAAUGCCGAGCAUGAACUUGUGUAGGCAAUGAGGAACAGAGGCCUGGCAGGCAAUCCUUCUUGGCCAAUCCAGUCCUAUCUUCCAUUUUGUUAAACUUGAAAAUGAUAAUUCUGGAGAACUUUUAAGCAGGAAGGGAGAUUAUUAAUGGUCUCUCUCUCUUUCUCUUAAUAUUGGCCAGAAACCUACAAAGGGCUAUGAUGCCUUCAUGAGCUCCUUUGGGGCAGAGCCCUAACAGAUGUUCCUACGCUCCACGUUUUUUUACUUCCUUGGUGCCAGAACUAGGACAACCUGUAGGCUUGCUGAGCAAUAACACAGGAUCCAAAAGAGGAGGUUUCUGCCAUGUCCUGUCGCUCCAUUUCCUUUCUUAGGCAACAUCAAUCUUAAACGCUAGUACAAACCAUGCAGGUGAACAGCAGCUGUGUAUUUUACACUCGUGCCCCACGUGAACAGAACACACAACUCUGAAUCUGCUACCUUCGAUUUUAUACUUCCAACGGCAAUGUGUGCUUUCCAGGCAGCUACUAAGUUUUGUAUGAAUACAGCUUGAUGGUAAUUUUCUCUCUGCUUUCAGAAGCGGCAUUGCGUUUUGUUGAGAAGUAAAACUGAUUAAGAGGUAUAAAGGCAGAGUUCACCCGAGUUCAUUCCAAGAAAAGCAAGCAUGGAGGUAAAUUAGUACUGAGAAAGGGAAUCUCAUUUGGCUCCGCUGUCAAGUCAGGGUCGAAGGGCAGAAGUGAUAAAAGUUAAGGUCUUGAUCAUUCUCCUGAAGGCAGUAUUAUUAGUUAGGAACAUGUAAUGUACAUAAAAACAAAAGGAAAGCCUCAAGGGAGCCUGCAUCUAAGGGAAAAGCAAAGCCAUGACCAUGCAUGUGCUGGGUUAAUUGUGCUCUUUUUAUUCAUUCCAAGUAUUUAAGUGGUUAAGUGCAAUUGUCUCCAGUAGGAGAGAGGCCAGAAAUGUUCAGAUGUCUCUGAACAUGUUAUAUUUGUAAGCUGGCGCAAAACUAUAUAAGUGAUAUCACUGCUUUGGAUGUAGUAGUCACUUCUAUUUGCCACAAUACAGUUUUGAUUUAAAUAGACUCUCAAAGAAUCUUUGAGCAGACUGACUUUGAAAAAUAUAUCUAUUUCCUAUUGCCCUAAACUAACAAUUUUACUCUACUGAGAGGAGGAGCCUGUGUGGAAAUAAUCUGCAUUUAAAGUAAAGUCUCGUUCAAAGUGAAAAGCAUUAAUAGAAAUGUGUAGCAGACAGAAAUCACAAUAAAGUGAUUAGAUUACCUCUUGAAAUGACACGUGUAGGCAACAGGUUAAAAGUUUUUAAGUACAAAGCAAACCACCACAAUGUGAAAAGUUCCAGUGGCAGCUGCUAAGAGACAGAAUUGUGUACAUAACUAUCUACAAAGAGUGGAUAGGCCAAACAGGAGCUGCAGAGAAUUAACUGAUGGGGAAAGGGUGGCAUUUUUUCUGCCUCCUCACCUAAUCCUCACUGGUAUUUUAGUCUCCCUGCCAUCAGGUUUUUGCUUAGGCUGUUAAAGUUUGCUAGGUGCCAUUGUCUAACCUUAGAAAACAGGACUCGCUGCAAGUCACUCCAGGAAGCUGGGGGGGGGGGGGGGGGGAAGCAGAAGUUCUUUCUACCAAGUGGCUUUCUUAGUGUCGUGCCCAUAUUGCAUAAUCCAGCAGAAAGAACCCAUAGUCUCACUUUGUGGAGGUGUACUGUUACAAGCUUCGGAAAUUAUUUAUGAAUGUUACUUGUUUAUAGGCUGAAGUUGCAGCUUUCUACCAACACUCAAGACUGUACAUAUGUCUCCAAAGCAUUUGUUCUUCCUUUCUGCACGUUCAAUAAAAUAGCUUUCCUUACUCUGCUUCA